UUGCACCCCGGCCCGUCGCAGGAAUAUGACGCAGCGUGUACAUAAUCAACACUAGACGCACACAACCACAAGAAACCAACAGCAAUAAUGCUUUUCUACUCGUUUUUCAAGUCGCUGGUGGGGAAGGAUGUGGUGGUGGAGCUCAAAAACGAUCUGAGCAUCUGUGGAACACUUCAUUCUGUUGACCAGUAUCUGAACAUAAAACUCACAGACAUCAGUGUCACUGAUCCAGAGAAAUAUCCACACAUGCUCUCUGUGAAAAACUGUUUCAUCCGUGGAUCUGUGGUCCGGUACGUUCAGCUACCUGCAGAUGAAGUGGACACGCAGCUCCUGCAGGACGCUGCACGAAAAGAAGCAAUGCAGCAGAAGCAGUGAUUGACCUGAACCAUAGGGGGUUUAGAGUGGGGUGGGGGGGUCGCUGGGGUCUCUGGUGGGGUUUUUGUUGACAGUAAAUAAUGAGUAGUUUUGAGUUUGGUUCAUUUAAAGAUGGCACAUUUUGUGCAACUCUUGUAAUUAAGCAGUAUUGGUCAUUUUCCUGUACUUUCACAGAGAGCUAAAUUGCAUUCUUAAUAUGAGUGAUCAAUACUUUUCAAAACAGUAAUUAUUGGAAAUAGUCGUACAGGAGGUUUCAUUUGAUGCUGUCUUUUGUGUUGUUUAAAAGAAAUAGAACUAAAUUCAAUUUUGAACCUAGUAAGGGUAAAUAAAUAAAUCUGUUUCUGUUGCAUAAUACAAGCACGGUUUCUUAUCUUUAAAAAUUAUGACUUUGUUUUUUUUUUUAUGCCACUUUAAAAUAAAAAAAAAUAUUUUAUUUA